UCUUUCUCACCUAUCUAUUGAAUCACCACUUUCAAACGGUGCUUCUUUGGAUAUCCUCAAUCACGAUUCGUUGUCCAAUAAGCUCCUGCCGUUAAGUAUUCCGGAUGCCACAGUUGAAGAUCGGUUUGUGGCUAUUAGAAGUUCGGAUGAAGAUAAGAAUGACUCCAAUGUGGUUGAUUUUUAUUUGAAUGCUGACGAGCUACGCCAUUUGGAAGAGGCUUUUAGUGAUUUAUCAACAGGUCCACGUGACACCGGUGCAAUUGCAACCGCGACCAUUGAGAAGGUGGAUGGAUUGCCAGCCUCUCAGUCGUCAGAUCAGGCAACUAACGUUUCCUCUUUGCCUUCUCUUCCCUCGGAUCCAAAUGACAAUCAGGAUGUGGCUCCUUACGACGACCAGGAAAAUCAACCACCCGUUAGUGCAAGUGAAAAAGUAUAUACUCAAGAUUUGCACUCAAAUUCCCUAUCUGACGUCUACUUUUACGGGCGACCUCUAUCAACUAUCGUUGAGUGGCAAAGUCGUGAGUCUUUCUCGUCAACAACCGCUUAUCAAGGAAAGUCGCAAAUGCAUGAAAAGACUGGGGAGGCUUUUGCUGUUAACGAAACGCCAGAAGACGCUUCUGGUUCGGUUUUCAUGUCGAAGUUACCGUCUUUCUCUCACAGUUUGCCUCAGGGUCCUCGAAGAUCUGGUAUU